ACCAAACGCAAGCUACGCUCGUGGAUCCCCGCGGCCGCCGCCGCCUCGCCUCGCUUACCAUCUCCGUCUCCGCCUCCCCCUGAUCGACCUCCCGGGCCCGCCGACGUACUCCUCCGAGCCGAGCCCUACCCCCACGGGCCUGUCUUCAAGAUGUCGACAUGCAAAUUGGCCUCACAUGCACCGGGAAGCAACAUCAUAAGGCAGCCUCCUUCAUCCAUGGCGGCAACGCCGACGCGAAGCUCUUCCACCGCCCGUGCGAGCUGCUGCUACUCCAGCCGCCGUCCCACAGCAGCACCUGCGCUGAGAGCCAGAGCAGCAUGGAGGAGGAAACUGUGUGUUCCCGCCAUGGAUCUCUACAGGGUGAAGCUCGUGUCGCCGGAGGGCGAGGAGCACGAGUUCGACGCCCCAGGCGACGCCUGCAUCCUGGACUCCGCCGACUCGGCGGGGGUGGAGCUGCCCUACUCGUGCCGCGCCGGCGACUGCUCCGCCUGCGCCGGCAGGAUCGAGGACGGCGUGGUCGAUCAGUCGGGCGGCUCGUACCUCGACGAUGCGCAGCGGGCGGAUGGGUAUGUGCUCACCUGCGUCUCCUACCCCAAGUCCAACUGCGUCAUCCACACUCACAAGGGAAUAGAAGUCUAGCAGCGUGAUGCUACGUAUCCAGAUUUCAGAUGUUCUUAGAAGGCGGAGUUUUUUUUUUUAACCUGUUUAAUAAAUAAAUUUAUUAUUAAGUGUUGAAGAAAAAUAUUUUUACCGUACGAACCUUUUGGUCAUGCCACCAAUAUUACCGUGCCACCGACACCAACAUGGUAGCGUUGUCUUGCUAGCAAGUAACACUAGCUUGUCAUAUCAACCAAGUUUAUGUGGCAGCCUUAUCUAUGUGUUGUCUUAUCACGCCAACAAU